AUGAGGAGCGCCCGCGAUCACUCUUUUCCUCGAGAAGUUUGGAUGAAUGGCGCUCCCCGGAGUUUUAUCUCGUUAGAAACAGAGAGAUUCACAGAUUUUCGUUGGCGAAACUGUAGUUCGAAGUUCCUAGUUCAUAGGUCGGAGAACUUGUCGAGGACGUACCAUUUUCUCGUACGAUUGCUUGAACAAGUCAAAUCGAUAAUUGCGUACCUCUUUCUCCAGAUCGAACUUAAACUUUCCCAUGAAUGGAUGGUCACGCUAGAUUUCCUGGCGGUCUUGGACAAGGCCAAGAACAACGAUCUCUUGUAUGCUGCAGAGUUGCAGCGAUGUGGGGCUUCGAAAUCCAUUGCCGAAGGCCGCCGUGUUCAUGCCUUGCUCUUGGAGCGAGGCCAACUGGGAAACUUUCUUGCCAACCAUCUCAUUAACAUGUAUGGAAAAUGUGGCUGUCUCGAGGAAGCUCGCAGGGUUUUCGACUGGAUCAACAACAAGAAUCUCUACUCGUGGACUGCCGUUAUUUCUGCAUAUGCCAACAACGGGCAUUUUGAAACGGCGUUGGAGCUCUUCCACGGGCUUGACUGCGAAGGGAUCAAGCCCGACAGCGUCGUCUUCUUGGCUGUGGUAGAGGCGUGCUCAAAUGACAAGAAAAAGAAAAACAGUCUAAUUCUACAGGAAGCCGGGAGAGUUCGUGAGCGACUGAUACGGGAAGGAUUGAUGACUUCUUUUGUGAGAAAUUCGGUGAUCACAAUGUACGGAUGCCUUCACAGGCCUGACGAAGCUCGAGUUGUUUUUCAGGAAAUUGCUGGCUUUAGAGACGUCGUCUCUUGGACAGCCGUGAUAACAGCUUAUGCCCGGAAUGGGCAUUUUGGUGAAGCUUUGAGGCUCUUCUGGGCGAUGGAACAAGACGGUAUAAAGCCGGAUGCGGUGACAAUUCUUGCUCUUCUUGAUUCUUGUGCCUUGGAAGGAUCAUCAGAGAGCUUGUUUACAGGCAGGGCUAUUCAUGCUCGAAUCUGUGCUACUGGACUGGAUCUUGAUGUAGUCGUGAUGAACGCAGUGAUUCACAUGUACACCAGCUCCAAGGAGUGCUCAGAAGCAAGGCGGGUUUUCGAUGGAUUGAAAGGGAAGAAAACUUUGGUGUCGUGGAAUGCGGUGAUGUCGGCUUAUGCCCAAAGCGGGCAUAUGUUUCUUGCUCUGCAAGUCUACGAGGAAAUGCUGUGUGAUAAACUGGUGCCGAACGAGAUCACUCUCGUCUUGGCUCUCGACGCUUGCUCCAAUCUGUCGUGCCUGGAAAAUGGCAGAGCAAUCCACGACAAAGCCACUGAGCUUGGAGUUGAGAAGAACAUCUUCGUAGAGAAUGCGCUGGUGGACAUGUAUGGUAAGUGUGGAAGCCUUGAAGACGCACUGACUGUCUUUAACUCCAUGAAGAAACGCGACAUUGUUUCAUGGACUGCGAUGGUCGCUGCUUAUGCUCGAAACGGCCAUAGCUCAAGAGCUCUCGAGAUCUUUCGCAUGGUUCUCGCUGAGGGCCUGAAACCCGAUGGAAUCACCUUCGUUGCAGCGCUAGAAGCUUGCGGGAACCUCGGAAAUGCGUCGGAAGGCGAUGCUCUUCACGGCUGGAUCCUCGAUUCUCCUCAACUCCGAAACGACGAACUCGUUUCCACCGCCGUCAUCAGCAUGUAUGAUCGAUCCGGCAGACUCGAGACAGCCAAGCUCGUUUUCGAUGACCUCUCCUCCAGCUUAAACCGGUGUCCUUCUCGCUGGAACUCGCAGGCGAUCGCACUGGCCGAGCACGGACUGAGCUCUUCAGCGAUUCAGCUCUUCUGGGAGAUGACUCUCCAAGGCGUUGACAUGAACGACAUCACCUUCGUGAACGCCAUCUUUGCAUGUAGCCACUCGGGCAUGCUGGUUUCGGGGUUAGAUUUCUUCUCGCGGCUGCAUCCAGACUUUGGGAUCGUGCCACGGCCUUCGCACUACAUCUGCAUGGUUGAGCUUCUGGCUAGGAUUGGACAAGUAGACAUGGCAGUCGAUUUGAUUGAGAGUAUGCCUUACGAGCCUGACGCUGUUGCAUGGAUGGCACUUCUGUGUUCUUCGAACACAAACUUGGAAUUAGCCACCAUGGCUGCACGACAGGUCCUUGGAGGUGACAGAAAGAGAGCUGGAGCUUAUGUCUUGCUUUCGAAUUUGUGUGUUCCUGCUGGAAGACGAGAAUGGAUGGCUCCACGUACGCUCAAAAGGGAGCCUUGCUCAGGUACCAGAAAAUUUUCUAGCCUGCUGUCUCAUUCACUGUGCCUUAAUUGGUAUGUGGAGGAGCUCCCACAACUCGAAGAUACUCUAUAA